CCCCCCAGCCGGCCGCCAGCGGGCUGGGAGCCGGCGGGGAGCAGAUCGCAGGGGACGCGCCGCGGAGCGCCUGGGCUGUCACCGCGGACGCUCACGCCGCGCGCACCGACCCAGGACGCGGGCAUCUGGGGGCCGCCAGCCGCCAUCCCCGCAGUUCCCCACCUGGGGUCCCGCUCCCCGGUGAGCAGCCGCCGGGCCGACGGCGAUGUCUGCCGGGGCCCGCCGCGGUCCCCGGGGCAGCCGGGCGCAGCCGCUCGCUCCCCUCUGCUGCGUCUGCGCUGCCCUGGGGAUGCUGUGGUCCCCCAGCUCCCAGGCGUUCAACUUGGACGAGGACAAGCUGACGGUGUACAGCGGCCCGGAGGGCAGCUACUUCGGCUACGCGGUGGACUUCCACAUCCCUGCGGCUCGCACAGCCAGUGUCUUGGUGGGAGCGCCCAAAGCCAACACCAGCCAGCCAGACAUCGUGGAGGGGGGAGCCGUCUAUUACUGUCCUUGGCCCGCCGAGGGGUCUGCGCAGUGCAAGCAGAUACCGUUCGACACCACCAACAACAGAAAGAUCAGAGUUAAUGGAACCAAGGAACCCAUAGAGUUUAAAUCGAAUCAAUGGUUUGGAGCAGCAGUGAGAGCUCACAGAGGGAAAGUGGUGGCUUGUGCUCCCUUAUAUCACUGGAGAACUCUGAAAUCCACACCAGAAAAGGACCCAGUUGGCACGUGCUAUGUAGCAAUUCAGAAUUUCAGUGCAUAUGCUGAGUACUCUCCUUGUCGGAACAGUAAUGCUGAUCCUGAAGGCCAGGGUUACUGCCAAGCAGGAUUUAGUCUGGAUUUUUAUAAGAAUGGAGACCUUAUAGUAGGAGGACCUGGGAGUUUUUAUUGGCAAGGUCAGGUGAUCACAGCCAGUAUUGCAGACAUCAUUGACAAUUACUCAUUCAAGGAUAUUCUAAGGAAGCUGGCUCGAGAAAAACAGACGCAAGUGGCUCCAACUUCCAACGAUGAUAGUUACCUCGGAUAUUCAGUUGCUGCUGGGGAAUUUACAGGAGAUGCUCAGCAAGAAUUGGUUGCUGGAGUUCCAAGAGGAGCACAGAAUUUUGGAUAUGUUUCAAUCAUUAACUCUACAGAUAUGACUUUUAUUCAGAAUUUCACUGGUGAACAGAUGGCAUCUUAUUUUGGAUAUACAGUUGCAGUAUCAGAUAUUAACAAUGAUGGGAUGGAUGACAUACUGAUUGGGGCCCCUCUCUUUAUGGAACGUGAAUUUGAGAGUAACCCCAGGGAAGUGGGUCAGGUUUACCUGUAUAUGCAAGUGAGUGCUCUCACCUUUGAAGACCCUCAGGUGCUCGCAGGCACGGAGGUUUUCGGGAGGUUUGGCAGUGCGGUGGCCCACUUAGGAGACCUGAAUCAAGAUGGAUACCAUGAUGUUGCCAUCGGUGCGCCCUUUGCAGGCCAGGAUCAAAGAGGCAAAGUGUUCAUUUACAACGGGAACAAACACGGCUUGAACACCAAGGCUUCCCAAAUUUUGCAAGGAGUGUGGGCAUCACAGGCUGUCCCUUCUGGCUUUGGCUACACUUUAAGAGGAGACUCAGACAUAGAUAAGAAUGAUUACCCAGAUUUAAUUGUGGGUGCAUUCGGAACAGGAAAAGUAGCUGUUUAUAGAGCGAGACCAGUGGUGACGGUGGAUGCCCAGCUUCUGCUGCACCCGGUGAUAAUCAACCUGGAAAAUAAAACUUGCCAGAUUCCAGAGUUUAUGACUUCUGUGGCCUGCUUUUCCUUAAGAGUAUGUGCAUCUGUAGAAGGCCAGAGCAUUCCAAACACAAUAGGCCUGACCGCCGAGGUGCAGUUAGAUUCCCUGAAACAAAAAGGUGCCAUUAAACGCACACUCUUCCUUGACAACCAUCAGUCACAUUUCAUCUUCCCUCUCGUGAUAAAGCAGCAGAAAUCCCACCAGUGCCAGGACUUUAUGGUUUACCUGCGAGAUGAAACUGAAUUCCGAGAUAAAUUAUCUCCAAUCAACAUUAGUUUAAAUUACAGUUUGGAUGAAUCCACUUUUAAAGAAGGCCUGGAAGUGAAACCGAUAUUGAACCACUACAGGGAAAAUGUUGUUACUGAACAGGCUCAUAUCCUGGUGGACUGUGGAGAAGACAACAUGUGCGUUCCUGACUUGAAGCUGUCAGCCAGACCAGAUAAGCAUCAGGUUAUCGUUGGAGAUGAAAAUCACCUUAUGCUCAUAAUCAAUGCGAGAAAUGAAGGUGAAGGAGCCUAUGAAGCGGAACUCUUGGUGAUGAUCCCAGAAGAGGCAGAUUAUGUCGGGAUUGAGCGCAGCAACAAGGGAUUCCGACCACUGAGCUGUGAGUACAAGAUGGAAAAUGUAACCAGAAUGGUGGUGUGUGACCUUGGGAACCCGAUGGUGGCUGGAACAAACUAUUCUCUGGGCCUCCGAUUUGCAGUUCUACGUCUUGAGAAAACAAACAUGAGCAUUAACUUCGAUCUUCAAAUCAGAAGUUCCAACAAGGACAAUCCAGACAGCAAUUUUGUGAGCCUGCAAAUCAACAUCACUGCUGUAGCUCAAGUAGAAAUAAGAGGAGUCUCCCACCCGCCGCAGAUUGUUCUGCCCAUUCAUAACUGGGAACCAGAAGAGGAACCCCGCAAAGAAGAAGGAGUUGGACCACUGGUGGAACAUAUUUAUGAGUUGCACAAUAUUGGACCGAGUGCCAUCAGUGACACCCUUCUGGAGGUGGGCUGGCCAUUCUCUGCCCGGGAUGAGUUUCUUCUUUAUAUUUUUCAUAUUCAAACUUUGGGACCUCUACGAUGUCAAACAAACCCAGAUAUCAACCCACAGGAUAUAAAGCUUGCUGCUCCCCCAAAGGACACCCCUGAACUGAGCGCCUUUUUGAAAAAUUCAACCAUCCCUCAUCUUGUCAGGAAAAGAGAUGUGCCGGUGCCGGUGCCAGAGCUCCGCAGACAGAGCCCAGCAAAAAUCCUGAAUUGUACAAAUAUCGAGUGCUUACAGAUCUCCUGUGCAGUGGGACGACUAGAAGGAGGAGAAAGCGCAGUUCUGAAAGUCAGAUCACGGUUAUGGGCCAAGACAUUUCUCCAGAGAAAGAAUGAUCCCUAUUCUCUUGCAUCCCUGGUGUCUUUUGAAGUUAAGAAGAUGCCUUAUAAAGACCAGCCAGCAAAACUUCCAGAGGGAAGAAUAGCAAUUAAGACAUCAGUUAUUUGGGCAACACCAAAUGUUUCCUUCUCAAUCCCAUUGUGGGUGAUAAUACUAGCGAUACUUCUUGGAUUAUUGGUUCUGGCCAUUUUGACUUUGGCUUUAUGGAAGUGUGGAUUCUUUGACAGGUCAAGACCCCCCCAAGAUGAUAUGAAUGACAGGGAACAGCUGACAAAUGAGAAAACCCCUGGUGCUUGAAAAGGUAAAACCAAACACCAAAAACUCCGACAUGGUCCUGUUCAAAGAAAAGAAGGAACAUGAGGGUUAAACAAAGGUUUUCCUGGACCUGCCAGUGUCCUAGGAAAUGGAAAGGCCGGGAACUAUUGCCUCAUCGACACCACCCUGUGGAGACAUUGCCAUGGAGCCCCGUGAGCCUUGGGAAGCAGACAUCCCCGCUGUAGAAACAGCCAUCAUGCACGUUUCUUCCCCUUGAGUCAUUCUGUAUUUGGCAGACACUUUGAAGUGGGUAUGGAAACUAAGGCUGCUUUCCAGGUAAAUCCAACUUAAGUCACAAAGACAAAAGGACUGAAUUAUGAUAGAAUUUAGAAGGCGAACUAGGACCGAACCUUCCAACACUACUGUAUCCUACAGAAUAUUUGACACCUCCCUAUGGAAAAGAGAUAUUUCUAAUGAUGUUACGGCUCAGGGAGACAAGUAUAUGUUGUUGUUGGUACUGUGAAAGUACUUUUGAAACGACAAAGAUAAUCUUGUAAGCAAGGAUAACAAUUUAUUUAUUUAUUUUCCGUUUCUCUGGCCAUGUAGAGGAUUUGGAAAUUAAGAUUUGGUCAGCUGGUUUUCUAAAUCACACCCUUAACUCCUUCUAAGUUAACCAUUGUGUGCAGAUCAGUCAUUUAAUAGAGAUUUUUAGAUCAUGUUAAGGAAAAAGCAAGUUGGUAUUAGAAGAUAGCUUCAUUUAAUAUUCUGCUGCCUUCCACCUGAAAUUAGUUGUAUUCACACUUUCUAGGGACUCACAUCUGCUUAAUGUAGCUUUGCAAAAAGUUACAUUUAUAGUUCUUUUUAUUUUAAAAAAUAAUUGUUCCAUUUACUUAAUUAGCAAUACAUACAUUUUAAGGUACUCUCAAUGCUAUGUGGUGUUUAAAAGUUAUGGUAAUUAUGAAAAAUGUCUACAGUUUGUCGAUUGAAAAGCAAUUUAACAAUAUGGGUAAACAUAUUUUUAAUAUCUAUAAGAAGCAACACCAAUAUUUAACUUCAGAUAAAUACCUAUUUUCUCUACUAUAUCUCACACUUUUUAUGUACACAGAGAAUAUAUGUUACACAUAAAUAGGAAGGAAGUGAAAAGUUAUGCAGGUGUGAGAUGAAUCUAGAAAACGGAUUCCCAAGGAUUUUACUUAAAAUUGCCUAUUCCAACUUUACUACUCAUUUUUACUGAUAAUCUUUAUAGUACAUGACUUUGGAAAAGUAUCUUUAUGUAAGGUAUUUUCCCAUCAUCUUGAAUUUGACCAUCACAAAAACUUGAUGUUUAAAACUUGUAAAUAAGCCAUAAUUAUGUGUAAUAUUAACAUUUUUGAAGUAAAAUUGACCAGGCAAAUUCAUAUACUUGCACAGCUUUGUAUCCUUUUUAUAAUAAUGAAAAAUUACUAGGAAGAAAUGCUAAGCAAAGUUUAUAUUUAUGUGCAAUAUUUUAUAGACCUAUGUAUCUAAGGCAUGUUUACACUGGCAUUAGUUAUUUUUAAAUUAAUAUCCUGAAUAUUAAGAAUGAUGGAACAAGCAGACCCAAAACCUUAAGUUUACAGAGCCAUUGGAAAACUUGUAUCCCAGUUUCAACAUCACACUUUGUUUGAAAGAAGAGCCAAACAAUCAAACUCACAGACAUUAAGUUUCUGUCGUGCCUUAACCUGGAGACAAGCCAUUUGGCUGUAGCUGCAGCAUUUCUUUGGAGACCAAAUGAAAGGCACAUGGAAGAAGACACGGAUGCAGUUCAUAUUCUUCCCGCUUAUGAAUUAAAUCCUGUCAUGGUAGCGGUUUCAAGUCUGUCAGGAAUGAAGUCUGGCUCCCAGAGUAUGCGGCUGGCUGUGGGUGAGAACCGCACGUGCUUCAAACUAUUUGUGGGCCCCACACCAACCUCUGUGGGCCCCACACCAGCCUCUGUGGGCCCCACACCAGCCUCUGUGGGCCCCACACCAGCCUCUGGUCCUAGGUGUCAGUUAUCUAGAAUUGGCUUUACACUAGGGAAGUAACCAUCUACAGGAUAUGAUUGGAGGGAUUUCAGGCAGGACUCUGUGCCCCCAAAUAAUGCCUUAACUCUUGCCUCCAUUUUAGCCAAUAGAAAUGAGCACCUCAGGAUUUUUGGUCAUGAGAGGUGUCAGAAAACUCACCAAUUGCCUUGUUAAGCUAACCACAUUGGUGAAGGAACUCAGAACUCUUAGGGUUCGAUAAAUGUAGGCCCCCGUGAGAGCACUCACACAGACACCUGGGGAAACUAGAGGUCCUAAGGAGACUGGGACCCAGAACAGAGCAAGGUAUGAGGGCUUCAAAGGCAAACUCUGCCUUCAACACAGCCUCAGCCAAGAGUAGUCCCUUCGAAAAGGGUGAGCACCGCUACCUACAGGCAUUUCGUGGAGGCCGGCAAGCACACACCGGCCCGCUCCACCACUUAGAAUUUGGAAGCAAAUGGAGGAGGGGGACACUGAAGUCAGAGGACUUUCCAGGCAUCAGUUCCUCAGCUCCCCUCUACACGCAGGGUCCUCUUACCACGCACUGAGCACAUCUGCUUCUGGUCACAGGAUUGCUAGUCACUUUCCUAACUCAGAAUGUCUUAGAGUCUCUCUCUGUGUUAGAGAACCCUUUGAAAAUUCUUGCAGCUGGUUUUUAAGAUAUGGAAAAUGGGAAAAUGAAGUUUUAUAAACUUGGAGGUUUUUAUACAGUAAGAACACAAUAUGGACUAGUCACCACUGAAAUCCUAUUUCAACUCUUUUCCUUUUCCUGUUUUAUUUAAAUACAUUUGUAGAUAUCUGUGAAAAUUUUCAUGUACCUAUUUACCUUCUCACUAAUAAAAUUAAAAAUGAAAGACA